GUAAAGCGACACAGCGACGAACACAUUGAAUUUGUGCCAAACAAAACGUGAAGUAUCCCCUUUGAAUAUAGCUCGUGGAAAUAUCAGCUCUCUAUAUAAUUGAAGUUUUUCGUUAAUUCCAUUCAUUCGUUGGUUGUGUAGACUGCGUUAAUAUCACUUAAUUAGUCCAAAUCACAAAGAGUUCACUCAAAAAUCAAAAAAGAGAUGACCGGAACAACAGCUACUGAACAAUUACAACCUCAUGGAAAGAAUAUUCCACGCAGACAAUGCAUACCGAUUCUCUACACGAAAGGAACUCACUAUGACGUCGGAUUUGAUGUGGGCCGAACGUUUGCUGCAUUGAUCAAAAGUUUCUUGGAAAUUUCCGUCCCGUUGAACACCGAAUACUUACCAUUAUACAAAACGCCAGAAGGAAAGGCCGUGUACGAUGCCACGCUCAAAAGUGUCAAGGAAUCGUUUCCGCAGUAUAUACGAGAGCUUGAGGGAGUUGCUCACGGUGCCGGUGUUGAAUUUCAUAAGCUCUUCUUACUUCAUAUGGAUGACAUAACACCAAAUGCAACGAAUCGGAUAAACGGAGUGCAUCCACCCAUCGGCUGCUCGACAAUUUGCGUGAAUCAACCGGAUAAUGAAAUUCUUGCACAUACCGAGGAUGCACUGCAAGAAACUCUAAAUCACUUUUAUAUUGUGUCGGCCCACAUCAUCGAAUCUACACCGCAAGGAAAGCAUAGAGUAUCAGAAGAACGAUUCACAUCACUUUGUUAUGCAGGUCAUUUACCUGGUUAUACAAUGGGAUAUAAUCACCAUGGGCUUGUGUAUUCGAUCAAUACACUCAGUGCAAACACUUUGCACAGCGGAAAGACACCACGACAUUUCAUAACAAGGGCAUUAUUGAGUGUGCCAAACUUUGAGCAAGCGCAAAAGAUUCUCCGCGAUACCGGUGUUGGAGCGGCUGACGGCUGCUCUAUUAACAUGACCUUUUUAAAGCAAGAAGGAGAUCGUUUAUUCCAUAAUAUAGAAAUGGGGCCAGCUGCGCCAGGUGAAAACCAAUCUCAAUUGAAUGUACUUACUAUAAGCUCUGGCGAAAGUAUUGUUCAUGCAAACAAGUACUUACGACUUCCCAUCAAAGAAGUGACUGGACCGAUCAUCGAUUCGAGCGUUGCACGCCAUGAAGCGUUCGAUCGUCUCGGUAAACCAAAGUCUAAAGAGGACGCGGUGAAUAUGCUCGGUGAUCAAAGUGGAAAGGUACACACCGUAUUCCGUGAAAAUGGCGGCGAUGAAUUUGUUAAAACCAUUGCAGUUGGUAUAUUCGACUGCAGAAAGCAAACAUGGUCUCUCUAUUCUGAUAAUCCGAAACAUAAUGAGCCCUUAUUCGUUUUGCCACUUGUGUUGAAAUCAUGAGAAUAAAGAAGCUUAAGUGCUUCAUACUUUGUUCAUUGGCCAAUAUUUGAAGUGUCAACCAUUUUCGAUUUUAUUUACACGUAUACACUAUAACCAUAUAAUGUUGAAUUUCUUUGUCGAAUAAGCAAAUAUUACUACUAUUGAAGAAAAAACCAAACGCGCUUCGUGAUUCCGAACACGUAAGAUGAUAACAGAUUUUACCUUUUUUGAAGAAUAGCAUGAAAAUGCAUUUUGUUCUUAAGCCCGGCAAAUAUAUAUGCGCGUAUAAUUUAGCGCUUGGAUGCUAAGGUGCAGAAUACCGUUACUUACCAUAU